AACGAAUGACACUGGGUUCACCAAGCCCUCCCAGUCAGACUCUUUUUCUCUUCCUUUUAUCCACUCUGUGUUGUUCCAAGCUCUGCACUAUUGUUUGCCUUGGCAGGCUGUUACAGGGAGGGGCCCCUCCGCUGGUGUUUGUGCAACCUGUUAGGGAACUUUUAGGGCCAUCUGAUCGCUCCCUUGCUCUAUCACUGGAGAUUCUCUCACCUUCUACCCAGGCUAUUACUUUUUAUGGAUGUUGUAUACAUGGCACAUAAUAGAAAAAGGAUAUUGUUCUGUCUUUGUAGAGGCAACAUUUUUCCGCAUAACAAAAUCAUUGAAAGAGGUUAUAAUGCGGUAUGUGUUACCUGAGCUUAUAGUACAGGAUUUACAUUACACUGUAGGGUUUGUAUGAAAUUCAGUACAGAUAAAAUCCCUUUUUCCAUUCAUUAUUUCUGUUUUAAAUAUACAAUUUCAUCAGCAACUUUCUCUGUGGCUCUUUUGUUCCAGUGUUCCCAUCAGGGUAGGUUGAGUUCUGUGUAGUAGGUCUGUGGGCCUAUAUCCUAUACCACCACCCCCUCUAUAGACAUCUUAAUUAUGACCACACUGUAUCAAUGGCAUGAACAUAGCAACAGUUACCUAGCAACAAGAUCGACAAGAAUAAACUACAUGUAAGAUUGGUGUCCAAGUUGUAUACCUGCAGGUGAACUAAAAGAUUUUCUGAAAUAGUUUUUUUCUCCUCUGGUGUAAUCCCCUGCAGCACAAAAGCAAGACACUCGAUGCGUGUGUGUGUGUGUGUGUGUGUGUGUGUGUGUGUGUGUGUGUGUGUGUGUGUGUGUGUGUGGCUUUAGCCCUGGCCCAUUUAGAGCCAGUCAACAAUGCAGCUGUGGUUAGUGGGCCCGCUUCAAAGUAUUUAUCUACACAUGCCUCCAGUGACCACCAAGUGUGGACGGCUAAGUUUAAGCUCUAUUCAUAGAUGUGAAUGAAUGAGCACCCUGCCAGAGGAAGUUUUAUCACUGUAACUGUAAACAGCAGCACAGUGAAUCAACAGGUAGGAACUCAGGCAGCUGGGGAAUGAAGGUUUCAAGAAAAGUGAACAGAGACGUGUGUGUGAAACAAUAUCGAGCUCUUAAGUCACCGUGCUGUAAAUCAAAUGAGUGCAGAGAGGAUAGACUGCAUACGUAAGCGUUUUGACAGGAUACAGUAUCUAGAGUACAAUCUGACCUCUUUUGUCGUGCUCUUCAUUUCUCACCACAUCCCAAUCACACAUCGUAUUGUUCGAAUGAAGGUAUCAGCUUGCUCCGUGCUCAUAUCUGGUAGAGACAGACAAGAGGGAUGGACGUCAUCCCAGAAACUCUCACACUUAUCACCAAGUGUCAAACAGAAAAAGGAAAAUAUUAUUUCAAGAAAAGCCUGUUUGAAGUCUUAUCAAGAUGAUGGGUUUCCCUAACUCACACAGUUGCAACACGAUCCUACAAGAAUUUGUGAUGGCACAUUUACAAUAAGCAACAGAGUCAGAGAGAGGAGCAUGGUUCAUCACAGAGAAGAGGACCUGAUCGGGAUCCCCUUCCCAAAUCACAGCAGUGAUGUCCUCUGCAGCCUCAACGAGCAGCGUCGUGAAGGGCUGCUCUGUGAUGUCAUCCUCAUCGUCCGCGACCAGGAGUACCGCACUCACCGCUCCGUUCUGGCCGCCUGCAGCCAGUACUUCAAGAAACUCUUCACAGUGGCCAACGCUGACGGCGGGGAUCACCAUCACACGGCGGCCGUGUACGAAAUUGACUUUGUGGCUCCGGACUCUCUCACAGCCAUCCUGGAGUUUGCCUACACCUCCACUCUGACCGUGACGGCGUCCAACGUUAAAGAGAUCCUGAACGCAGCUCAGAUGCUGGAGAUUCCCUGCAUCAUCAACGUUUGCCUGGAGAUCAUGGACAGCGGGGGUGGAGGCGGCGGAGGGAGAGGGGAGGAGGGAGAAGAGGAAGAGGAGGAUGCGGAGGAAGAUGAGGAGGAGGAAGAAGAGGAGGAUGAAGAGGAGGAUGAGGGGUCGAGGAAGGACGAGCAGGAGGAUGAGGAAGACAAUGUCAGCGAGAGGUCUCUGCAGUCCUCGGAGAGCAGGGGGGGGCAGACAACUCCGGGGACGGAGGACUCGCUGCCUCCCAGCACCUCCACCUACCACCAGCAGUUUGACCUGCUCAGAGAGUCCUCGCAGUCACAGUCUCCAGACACCGGGAGAGGAAAACAGGAGAGUGUGGAGAGUCGGGCUUUGAAGGAUUUCUCUAUCGAGUCUCUCCUGCAGGAGGGUCUCUACCCCCGUAUGUCAACACUGGACAGGAGGGCCAACUUCUCUCCUCUCCUCCCUGGCUUCUACCCCUCCAUGUGGGCCGCCGAGUUCCCAGCCUUCCCCAAGCAGCUCCUGGACCCCAGCCACCACCAGCAUCCCCACACAGGAGCCUCACAGCAAAGCAGGCUCCCCCACGCCUUCCCCAAAUCUGCACCGCUCGAGGCCUCCAGGCCCCUCGAUCUAGCUGUGAAAAGAGAAAUCAUAAAGGAGGAGAUGAAAGAGGAAAUCCCGCUCAGUCUGCUCCACGGCAACUUCCUGAAGGAGUUUGUCAGCUCGGGCCUAGGCAGCACCAUGAACGCUGGGUCAGUGCCGUCAGAAGGUCACGCUCUGGGCCCGUUAAAGGAUGAAGCCGACUUCCGGUCAUACCUGAGCUUCCUGAGUUCCGCGUCCCACUUGGGGGGCCUGUUCCCUCCCUGGCAGCUGGAGGAGGAGAGGAAGAUGAAGCCCAAAGCGUCGCAGCAGUGUCCAAUCUGCAACAAGGUCAUCCAAGGAGCUGGAAAACUGCCACGACACAUGAGGACACAUACCGGGGAGAAACCGUACAUGUGCACUAUCUGUGAAGUACGAUUCACCAGACAAGACAAACUCAAGAUCCACAUGAGGAAGCACACAGGUGAGCGCCCCUACAUCUGCCUCCACUGCAACUCCAAGUUUGUCCACAACUACGACCUAAAGAACCACCUGCGUAUCCACACGGGCGUCCGUCCGUACCAAUGUGAGCACUGCUACAAAAGUUUCACACGGUCCGACCACCUACAUCGACACAUCAAGAGGCAGAGCUGCCGCAUCUCCCGCCCCCGACGAGGACGAAAGCCAGCUGCUUGGCGGUCCACACCCACCAGCAACUUCCUGUGCCCCCCCACUGCUGCCACCAACCGGUUUGAGGAGAACGGGUUGAGCCCUGCAUACCAGGGAGUCAAGAGUCACGGACUUGGGGGAAUGCUCGGCAACAGGGGUCUGGGAUUUAAGAGCGGGGACGGUGCGGGCAGGGAGAGCAGGGAGGAACGGCGAGCAGAGGGGAAGCAUGUCGCAGAGGAGGAGAAGGCAGGAGCAGGGAGGCAGAGGGGAGUGUUUGCCUUCGCUCUGGCUGGAGAAGAAGUGCUUACCCACUCUCAAUUUUACGCUGCGACCUCUGAACCCUGGACCAUGAGACUGGAGCGUGCUCCACCCAUCCCUGAGCCGGCCAAAUGAACUGUGGUCUGUAGAAGAAAAAAAAAGACAAGAAAGAAAGUCUCUUUAAUCUCUGCAUCUGUUCUGCUUCAGGAAGCUAAAGCACCUUUUAAAAAAAG